GUCACUCGUACGGGGUUCUUUUCCAACCCAGAGAGCGCUAUAGAAACCCUCUGCUGCUGCGGCAUUUCCUGCAGCCCGUCACAAUGUCUUACGUCAAGAAAGAUGAGGACGCUGAUCAGACCAUGAUCAAGCUGGAUCGGACCUCCGUGUUCCAAGAUGCGCGGCUGUUCAAUUCUUCUCCCAUAUCUCCCCGAACAUGUCGUACUCUCCUGACCAAGAUCGCCGUCCUCCUUUUCACCGGAGAGCAAUUCCCCACGAACGAGGCCACUACGCUGUUCUUCGGUAUCUCCAAGCUAUUCCAGAACAAGGAUCCCUCCCUGCGGCAAAUGGUCUACCUGAUCUUGAAGGAGCUCGCAAACACGGCGGAGGAUGUGAUUAUGUCAACCAGCAUUAUCAUGAAAGACACCGCUGUCGGCAGCGACGUUCUAUACCGGGCAAAUGCCAUUCGGGCUCUGUGCCGCAUCAUUGAUGCUACUACUGUGCAAGGUAUCGAAAGAUUGAUCAAGACCGCUAUUGUCGACAAGACCCCGUCGGUAUCCUCCGCUGCCCUAGUUUCCUCCUACCAUCUUCUCCCGAUUGCGCGCGAUGUGGUUCGCAGAUGGCAGAGUGAAACCCAGGAAGCCGCUUCUGGCGGGAAGCAAUCGACCGGUUUCCUUGGAUUCGGUGGCAGCUCUCAGGCUCAUGCUAUCUCGCAGUCAAACUUCAUGACCCAGUACCACGCAAUUGGUCUCCUAUACCAGAUGCGCUCGCAUGACCGCAUGGCCUUAGUGAAGAUGGUUCAACAAUACGGUGCGGCUGGUGUGGUCAAGAGCCCCGCUGCUCUUGUUCUUCUCGUGCGGUUGGCGGCCAAGUUGGCGGAGGAGGACCAAGGCUUGAGGAAGCCUAUGAUGCAGAUGCUUGAUGGCUGGCUCCGACACAAGCACGAGAUGGUCAACUUCGAGGCCGCGAAGGCUAUUUGCGAUAUGAGGGAUGUCACUGACGCGGAAGCCUCCCAGGCGGUUCAUGUUCUGCAGCUGUUCCUUUCCUCGCCCCGCUCUAUCACCAAGUUUGCGGCAAUUCGUAUUCUGCAUAACUUUGCAAGCUUCAAGCCCCAUGUGGUGAAUGUCUGCAAUCCCGACAUCGAGGCGCUCAUCUCCAACUCCAACCGCUCCAUCGCAACGUUCGCGAUCACCACUCUUCUGAAGACCGGUAACGAGGCCAGCGUCGACCGCCUGAUGAAGCAGAUCUCCGGCUUCAUGGCAGAUAUCACCGAUGAAUUUAAGAUCACGAUCGUCGAGGCUAUCCGUACCUUGUGUCUCAAGUUCCCUAGCAAGCAGGCUGGCAUGCUGACAUUCCUGAGCGGUAUUUUGAGAGACGAAGGUGGUUACGAGUUCAAACGCAGUGUUGUUGAGAGCAUGUUCGACCUCAUCAAGUUUGUCCCCGACAGCAAGGAAGAUGCACUCGCUCAUUUGUGUGAGUUUAUCGAGGACUGCGAGUUCACCAAGUUGUCCGUCAGGGUAUUGCACCUGCUUGGUGUGGAGGGCCCUAAGACUUCACACCCAACCAAGUAUAUCCGCUACAUCUAUAACCGAGUCGUUUUGGAGAAUGCCGUUGUACGAGCUGCCGCUGUGACCGCUCUGGCUAAGUUCGGUGUCGGCCAGAAGGAUCCUGAAGUUAAGUCAAGUGUGUCUGUUCUUCUCACUCGGUGCCUUGAUGACACCGAUGAUGAAGUACGUGACCGUGCCGCUCUCAACCUGCGGUUGAUGAGCCAAGAGGACGAGACUGCCACCCGUUUCAUCAGCAACGAAUCUAUGUAUUCCCUCUCAACAUUCGAGCAUCAGCUCGUGAUGUAUGUGACAUCAACAGAUAAGGAGACAUUCGCUGCAGCGUUCGACGUUGCCAGCAUCCCGGUAGUUUCACAAGAGCAGGCAUUGGCCGAGGAGCGGACUAAGAAGCUUACGAGCGCAACACCAACUCUCAAGGCACCAACUACUGGUCCGCCCAAGGGCAAAGCCAACGGCGUGGCCGAGGCCGUCACCGUGGCUGCCACCCAGAAAUACGCCGAGCAGCUUAUGCAAAUCCCAGAGCUCAAGGAGUACGGCACUCUACUCAAGUCCUCUGCACCUGUUGAACUCACCGAGAGUGAGACGGAAUAUGUUGUCACGGCUGUCAAGCACGUGUUCAAGGAACAUAUCGUGCUGCAGUACGAUAUUAAGAACACCCUCCCGGAUACUGUCCUGGAAGAUGUCACGGUAGUUGCGACGCCAUCAGAGGAAGAUGUCUUGGAGGAGGAAUUCAUCGUCCCUGCGCCUAAGCUGGCCACAAAUGGACCUGGCAUUGUUUACGUCACAUUCAAGAAGGUUGAUGGCGAGCACAGCGUUCCCGUUACCUCUUUCACGAACAACCUUAAGUUCACUAGCAAAGAAAUCGACCCGACUACCGGGGAGCCCGAGGAUAGCGGGUACGAUGACGAGUACCAGGUUGAAGAUCUCGACCUCACCGGCAGUGAUUAUGUUAUUCCUACUUUUGCUGGAAGCUUCGACCAUGUGUGGGAACAGACCGGUGCAAACGGCGAGGAAGUCAGCGAGACUCUGCAGCUCAGCAACAUGAAGGGCAUCUCAGAUGCCACCGAGCAACUAAUCUCCACGCUGUCCCUGCAGCCUCUCGAGGGCACGGACGUGGCCCUCAGCAACAGCACGCAUACACUGAAACUGUUCGGAAAGACGGUGACGGGCGGCAGAGUUGCAGCCCUGAUCAAGAUGGCUUUCUCCAGCAAGACUGGUGUGACCACGAAGAUCGUCGUCCGGGCGGAAGAAGAGGGCGUCGCCCCUGCUGUGAUUGCGUCCGUUGCCUAACCUCAUGGACUUGUAAAUGUGUAAUGGAGGCAUGUUCGCGAGGCGCACGAGUCCUGCAUUAUGAGAUCGGACCUUCUUCUUUUGCUCCUUUUCUUCUUUUUUCUCCACCUAUAAUUCUGGAGCCGAGUUAGAUGCGAUGAAU